ACUGUCAUGGGUAUUGAUUGACGUUUAUAUUAUUUUCAAAUUUUUUAUUAAUUCUACUAAAUAAUUAUGUACAAGAAUGCAAGGCGAUUAUCUCAAAUGUGCAUAUCCUUUUCAAAACAUUAUAUUUUACGAGAAAAACGAAAAUUAUAUUUUCAAAUUUAUCGAGGUAAAAAGGAUUCUUCAAAAUUGUCAACGUUAUUUGUACCAGUACCAGUGAAAUCGAAUCCUGAUGACAUAAAUGUUGGGGCUGAAUUAACAGGAAAAUUGAAUAAAUCAGAUGUCAUGAAAAUUCUUAAUAAGUUUUAUCAGAAGAAAGAAAUUAAAAGUCUUGCAAUGGAAAAUGGGUUAGAUAAUUAUCUCUUACACCAGGCAUACGUAAGUUUUCGUCGCUAUUGCCUAGAAACAGAUGCAUUGCCUGUAGAUGUUCAUAUCGUUCUUAGUGAUAUCUUACAAGGAUCUGGCCAUGUAGAUGAUUUAUUUCCAUAUUUUCUACGACAUGCCAAACAAAUGUUUCCACAUUUAGAUUGUAUGGAUGAUUUAAUAAAAAUUUCAGAUUUAAGGACGCCUGCAAAUUGGUAUCCAAAUGCUCGGAGUAUUACACGUAAAAUAAUUUUUCAUGCAGGUCCUACGAAUUCAGGAAAAACAUACCAUGCAUUAGAACGUUUUAUGACUGCGAAAUCUGGUGUUUAUUGUGGACCUUUAAAAUUAUUAGCGACAGAAGUUUUUAAUAAAUGCAAGAUUCGUGGAACCCCUUGUGAUUUAAUAACCGGCGAAGAACGUCAGUAUGUUAAUGGUGAAGAUAAUCCAGCCCAGCACGUUGCAUGUACAGUAGAAAUGACUUCUUUAAAUCAACCAUAUGAAGUGGCUGUCAUUGACGAAAUUCAAAUGAUGCGCGAUACAGCUCGAGGCUGGGCAUGGACGCGUGCUUUUCUUGGCAUAAUGGCUGAAGAAAUUCAUGUAUGUGGUGAAGCUGGUGCAAUUGAAUUAAUCAAUAAUAUUUGCUCAACAACAGGCGAAGAUGUUGAAGUUCGAAAAUAUAAACGAUUAACUGAAUUAACAAUUGAAAAUCAUGCUUUGGGUAGUCUAGACAAAGUUUUACCGGGUGAUUGUAUUGUAUGUUUUAGUAAAAAUGAUAUAUACUCUGUCUCGCGAGAGAUUGAAGCACGGGGUAAAGAAGUAGCGGUUAUAUAUGGAGGCCUACCACCAGGAACGAAACUAGCACAAGCUAAUAAAUUUAAUGAUGUGAAUAAUAGUUGUAAAAUUUUGGUAGCUACUGAUGCAAUUGGAAUGGGUUUAAAUUUGAGUAUUCGCCGAGUUAUAUUUUAUUCAUUAAUAAAACCACAUGUAAAUGAAAAAGGUGAAAAAGAAAUGGACACAAUUUCAGUGUCAGCUGCCUUACAAAUAGCUGGACGCGCUGGAAGAUAUGGCACACAGUGGGAACAUGGUUAUGUCACCACAUUUAAACCAGAAGACUUAUCAACCUUGAAAUCAAUUUUGAAUCAGGUACCUGAACCGAUUACACAAGCUGGAUUACAUCCAACGGCCGAUCAAAUUGAGUUGUAUGCAUACCAUUUACCAAAUUCAACAUUAAGUAAUUUAAUGGAUAUUUUUGUUAGUUUAUGUACAGUAGACGAUUCAUUAUAUUUUAUGUGUAAUAUAGAAGAUUUUAAGUUCCUAGCUGAUAUGAUACAACAUGUACCAUUACCAUUGAGAGCUCGAUAUGUAUUUUGUUGUGCUCCAAUUAAUAAAAAAAUGCCUUUCGUUUGUACGUUAUUCUUGAAGUUCGCUAGACAGUAUAGUAGAAAUGAAGCGUUGACAUUUGAUUGGCUAUGUCGAAAUAUUGGAUGGCCACUUUCAUCACCAAAAACAAUUAUUGAUCUUGUUCAUUUAGAGGCGGUUUUUGAUGUUUUGGAUUUAUAUCUUUGGUUUAGUUAUCGUUUUCAAGAUUUAUUUCCACAUGCAAACUUAGUUCGAGAUUUACAGAAAGAAUUGGAUGCUGUUAUACAAGAAGGCGUCUUUCAGUUAACACGUUUACUAAAAAAUUCUGAAACUAGUAUAAGUUCAGGCGCCGGUUCUGCGCCUGAUGACGACACGUAUACGAUAACAAGACAAAAACAAAAUUAUUAUCGAAAUAAAUAUGAUAAAUAUGAUACAGAAGAUGUAGGAGAAAAACAAAGUAUUAGUAAGGAACUUCGAGUUGGAAGGGGUAGAUUAACAGAACGGUUAUUAGCUCAAGGAUUAAUAACUCCACAAAUGUUGCAAGAACUUCGAAAAGAAUGGAGUACUAAUAGCAGUUCACAGGAUGGCAACAAUAGUGAUUCUGAACAAUAUCCAAAGAAAACAAAACGAAAACGG